GGCGGCGGGGAGCGGGGGCUGCGCGGCCCGGCACUCACCGCCCGCGGCCGCUCCGCGCUAUGAUGGCGAUCGGGGACGGUGAGUGGUUGCCCCGGCCGCGUCUGCGGGCGGGCGCGGGGUCCCGCGGCGGUGCCCGCAGUGAGGGGCGGGCGAGCCUUCGGCGCCGCUCCUCCUUCUGCGCUCGCGGCGAGGCUCGACCGCGUUAAACGCGCUGAGCCCCGCGUGCGGCGGCUCGACGUCUCGGCCCGAUGCGGUCAGCCCCGAGCGGGCGGAGGGUCCCGCUGCGGGCGGCGCGGCUCGGGGCGCGCUGCGAGGGGUCCGCCCCGUGAAGCGGGCGGCGUCCGGCCGCGCUCCUCGGCGGGGAAAGGCGGCGCUGCGGGUGCCGUCAGGGAAGCGGCUGGCUGCCGGGGCUGCCGUGCGCAUUAGGUGACGCUACGGCGUGUGGAGCCGCGUUUACUUCGCGGCGCGGUGCCUCGUUACACAAACCGGGGGAAAGUAGGUCAGUAAAGCGGUGUGGGCCCUGCGGUCACGUUUUGGAUAUAAACCGGGUUCGCGUUGUGCCUCCGCGCCUUCUCCUGGUGUGACAGCUUCCGUGCGUGCAUCUUCGUUUUCAAAGGAAGUUGAGGAGUUGUCAUUUGGCUUAAAGCAAGCUGAGGAAGACAGGAGGAGGGCUUUGCGUUUACAAAGUACAAUGUGCGUAGCGCUAAAAACGUUGAGGACACUGGCCCUGUAAGGAUUCUGUACGUAGAUGAAGGUGAAUCUUUUAUCUGAGUUUGCUGAGACGGCAGUAGUGAGAGCCCGGACAAAGAGCUGUUCUGAGGCGUCCUGAAAUGGACGUGUGUCACUGGGUGCUCCGGGCGUGCGAGGCUGCGGGACAGAGCGGGGGGAUCAGAGCCGCAGGAGCGAGGCUGGGCGGUUCAGAACCCCCCGGGCAGUUCUCUGGUGUUUGUUUUUGUUUGUCCUCAGCAGGCUGUAGGGAGGUCACCAUCCUUGUGGAACUGAGUGCACACUGAGCUCUUUCUUGUCAUUUUUGCUCUCGACUGUUUUUCUCAGCGCUCGUUUCCCAUCAAGCAGUGCAGUUCUGUGUGGUAUAAACACGGGUCGUAAUGCGCAGAUGAAAGAUGCGAGUUGUAGCGUGUUAAGAAAUAACUGUAUUCCCUGGACAAAGCCAUAGGAUUUUUGUGGUUCUCUAGUGGUCGAGGUUUAUGAAGAGAGAGUGGUUGCGGAGCUUUCCUCUGUAUAAUUAAAUUCGUCAUUAACAAAGGCACUAAGAACAAAGUACUGUUCAGGCAGUCAGCUGACGUUCUGUGUGGGAGCUUUGAGCAGUAAUGCCAGAUACAAUUAAGAGUGUGUAGGAUGAUUAUGUAGCUGCUGGUUUCUCUUGAAACUACUGCUUACCGCAUUUACAAAGAAUUCAGUCCUUUGGCAUUGUUUAUAAAGCUGUUAUGGAUAACAAAACCCGAGUAACUAUUAAGAAAACUUUUUGAUUUCCUUUUCUCAACGUAAAUGCUGUUUUAGCCGUGAUUUUCCAUUUCACAACCAUCCUGUACAUCCUGCAACACAGCAGACACACUCUGUCCUAAGGGUGGUGGUUCUGUAGCCUUUGAGAGAUUUCUUUUCUUGACAGAUUGGCACUGUGCUGUGGCCGGUACGUUUAGCUUACUGUCUGUGAAGGUCCACCAUCGUUCUGGGUGACGUUGUGCUGCUGCCUCAGAGAACAGAACUUGUAAUUUGUUUUCCUUGCUUCGUUCAUUUAGUCAGCCUGGAUAUGUUGUAAAGGUACAUGGACUAUGUUUGGAAGUAUUGUAUGGAGGUGGCAUUUUGAAUGUUCUGUCUGAAAUGCAAGACAGUGGUUUAUUGUAACUUUGGCAUUCUUGCAGUGUUUCUUGAGUAUGAGCAGGAAUGUAAAUAAAACAUAACGCUUAAAUGUUGAAUCUUAAUCUGAUUUCCGAAGGGAAGAUUAAAGAGGAAAGCCAAGUUUUCUGUUUACCCCUGUUAACUGUCUCAAGCUCUCCAGUCUUUUGUUUGAAACAUGUAGAGGAAGAAAAUAAUUCUGUUUGUGGACCAGCAAGCAGCUGAAUUGUUACUUCCACUGCCCUGAAUGUGUGCCAAUGGGAAAGCAUUCAGUGUCUUUGUUUAAAGGCAUUUCACAUGCCUGUGUGAAUGUAGGUCUGUGUUUGUUCCUCAGGUUGCUGAGGAAAACUAGUCAAGAACCAUUCCUCGCUUGGGAUUUCUUGUUUCUUGGAGAGGCUAAUGCAUUUCUGCCCUUAUCCGCUGAUAACCAGAUUAGGGUGUUUAGGAGGCAGCAGACGUAAUGGCAGGGCGGCACAUCACGUUGUGCAUUCUCUUCAUGGCUUGUCAUCCAUGGGUGGCUUCCAUCGGCUCUUUCUUUCCUUGGUGUCACUCAGUACUGUGCCAGUUGAUGGUUCUACAGGUGAGGGACUGUCCUGCUCUCAGUUCAACAGGUUUAUUAAAACAAGGAUAAAUUUAUCUGCCUAAAACUUGGGGCCGUGGGAAGAGAAAUGGAAGGAAGGUUGGACCUAAGUUUUCUUUGGAUGUGCAAGACAUAAGGUAUUUGAGAGCUAUCUAAAAGCAUCAGAUCAGCUUUGUAAGAGAACAUUCUUGGUUCCCUCAUCUGUUUACUGGUACGUACUGAAUAUUCUUGAAUAGUCUUGAAUUGCAUAGAUGAAAGAGGGGAUUUUUGUGUGAAUGCUGUACGGUGUUAACAAUGUUUGAUGACUUCAAGCACUCGUCAUAUUCCAAAUGAUACACUAUAUGCAACUGAUUUAGUUGCUUAUACUAGUAAUUAUAUCCAGAUAUAGUAAGAAUUGUACCAUAGCACAUAUGCAUAUGAUAUUAUGGGGUUUGUCUUUUUUGAAAAUACCUCAUAAAUGUAUAGGUGUCCUGGAGUACAGGAACCGUCACCUUCUAUUCCCUGACGUUCUUCUGAGCGGAAGGCUGUCUUCCUAAGUCUUUAAUCUGAUUAGUGCUUUCUGUAAAAUGUGGGUGCUGCUCAGCUUUAGUGUUAUUUUUGACCAAAACAUAAAAAAUAAAAAAAAAAAAACGGACACAUUAAAGUUAAAAGGCUGUAGAGUUUCUUUUCAGGUGAUAGCUUAAUUUUCAAUAUAUAAAAUGUGUUCUCCUUACAUGUUUUUGACAUGAAUUUCUGACUUUUCAAUCCCCUGGUAGAAGGGAGGAGGCUUUUAAAACCCACUCAGGCCUGGGAAUGAUAGUAAAUAAAGCAGCUGUUACAUGAGCCCAGAAAUUGGGCAGGAUUUCACUGUGGUUCUUUGUACUGUCCGGAGCCAUUUCCUGAAAAAAGUCUUCUAGACAGUAGAUGUUGGGAAGUAGAAAUGCAUGGCUUCUUCCCUUUUCUGUUCUCCUUUGAGCGUGCUUUGUAAACACGCUAACUGUGCCUGCGUUGGCUCAUUUCCCUCCAGAGGAGCCCUACUCCUCCUCUUCCAUUGCAAGCAGCUGGUAGGCGCUGUGCGCGGGGGAGUGGCUUUCCUCCCUGUGCCUUGGAGAUGAAGGACAGAUGCUGUGAGUUGGAAUUACAUGGCUGUUCUGAAUCAAACCAGUUGAAAGGUUCUUUUCACUGUAAGGUCAUGUGGAAAUAUCACAGUGUUUAACAGAGGUUAUGAGUAGUGUUUUGUCUUUAAAGUGCACAUGCCAUUGCUAAUGGCUGCAAAAGAUCUGUGGGACAGUGAAACAAGUAAGUGGGAGAGGGAGGGAAUGUGUAGAACCGCCAAGGGCUAUAUGAAAAUGAGCAGUUUCUGCUCAGAAUGGAUGAACAGAGUGAGGUUCAACAUGGAAACAAAGAGCUUCAAGGAAGAACUAUACAAGACAGACCAUUUCUUACUAACAAAGCUGCAAACAUGGAAAAUACAUGAUUAUUUUCCUGACAGCAGUAGAUUCUAGACUGAUAACUGAACUUGAUUUUUAUUUUAUAGUUACUUUUUUAUAUAUAUAUUCCAGCAAUGCAACUAGAAAAUUUUGUCUUCAGGUUUCUAAAUGACAUUCAUAAAUGGUUGAGGAUCUUUUGUUCAAUACUGGGGAGUUUGUAUGUAUGAUUCUGUAGUUCAAGAGUAAAAAUGGGCUCUUACCUAUGUUCUUGGUGAUGUGUGUGUGAAAUAUCCCUGCCAUGUAGCAGAGGGUGCUGAGGCAGGGCAAGGGGACAGCCUCAGUGGUGUGUGCAGUGCGGUGGUUGUUCCUCAGGCUGGCAAUGAGGGCAGCGUGUCCUGCUGCGGGGUACGUUCUGUGUGCGGGAGGCAAGGAGGGGACACGGGAAAUUCUAGGGUUCCUAAAGCAGAGAGACAAUUAUUACUUUUUUUUUAAAAAAAAGAAAAUGUGUUUAUUUUGUUUUGUGGUUUUGACUUCUUUAUUAUUUUGUGUUGCCGUUUUAAAUUGAUGAUUGUCCAGGCUUGACAGAAAAGUCCAAAUGUAGCACCUGGACUGGACCUUCUUGCUGCAGUUCAGCACUUCUUCCUGUUGGAACCAAAGUGUGGUUCUCCCCAGGAGCAGCUGCCUCUGUCCCUUCUUUGGCUUCUCCUCCUGCCCUGGGCAGGGAUAAGUGAGGGAGGCAGGAAGGAUGGGCUCAUGGGAGCCAUGGCUGUCAAGAAAAGGAUCAUCAGGAAAUGAAGGCUCUGGGUGAGCCCAUGGGAUGGCCCUGAUUCGGUGCUCUUCCUCCUGGCUAAGGGUAAACUUACAGGAUCCUCGCACCCCUGUGAUGUUUGAGGCCCCUGGCAGUUGAGGUCCCUCCGCCAGGCUCAUCCCACUGUCCCAGCACAGCAGCUCCAAGGAUGGCAGUCCGUGCCCUGCCCUCUUCGUCAGGACUUGGUGCAGAAGAGAUGAGAGGACUUGGGAAAGGACAAGGGGUGGGGGGAGGGACAGGAAGGAAGGGCUCGUUGGAGCCUUGGCUGUGAAAAGAAGAACACCCAGGAAAUGGAGGCUCCACGUGAGCCCGCAGGAUGGCCGUGAGCUGGGGCUCUCCCAGGAAAGGGCAAACUUACAGGACGGGAGGAUCAGCGCCGGCGUCGAGGCGGCCGUUUCGCAUGAGGUGGACGGAUCCUGGCGCCCCUGCGGUGACAUCUGGGGCGCGACCUCUUCCUGGUCGGCCUGGCAGCGAUGGAGUGAUGGCCAGUGUGGCCCGAUGGAGGUGGAUCCACUUCCAUCAGGUCAUCUUCCCCAGGUGGAUCCACCUCCAUGGGCUCUUCGUUGCUGCCAGGCGGGUCCACCUCCAUGGGCUCGAUGAUAUCACCCAUUUCUAGCAGCCGCCUCUUCUUUAAAGGUGGCUGCUCCAUCCCGUCCUCAGAAAUAGCAAGAAAUAAAACGUAUCUCUUUCGGAGACUUUGUAGGGCAGCUUUCUCCCGCUGGGUCAGCUGAGGGACUGCGGUUGAGGGCAGUUGGGUGGCCAUGGCAACGAUUCUGAGUGCCACGUGCUGGCCCAAACAUGGCGGCUGGCAGUUGGGGCCUGCAGCCAUUUCUGGGAGGCAGUGGCAAGAAUGUAGCAAGAGGGUCAGUCGGGGCAGGGGGUUCUCAAGCACACUGCAGCUGCCCGGGGUGGAGCCUUCCUGGUGCCAAAAGGGGCAGAGGAGGAGCAAAGCAUACUGACACACCACAGGCAGCCAAGGGAGAGGCAGUCAUUGAAAACAAUGGAUUUUCUGUGGUUGUAUGGGUCGUCCUUUCCCAUCCCUCAACUCUGGGCCUGCAGCGUGAGAAGGUGGCAUCUCUUCUGCCCUGAUGCCAAAGGAGAGGGAUGUGGAGGAGAGGGCCUGGCGUCCUCUGGACGGCUGCACUGAGCCUGCAGGGGGUGCACUGGAGGGCCUGUGAGGUCCCUGGGGCCUGGUGCUGGGGUUUUGCACCCAGGGGAUGGGAUGGCUGAAGAGGGAUUGCUGUCAUCAUCCUGUUCUCUCCUUGAUUACAGAAUGGGUGGUUGAAGGUGAAGCAACCUUUGUAUGUGAUAGAGUUAAUUUGUCUUAGCAACAAAUCUGAGUGGUUUUUUUUUAAUGAAAACAUAAAAAUAGGCCAACGAAAACAUAGAGCUGGUGGGACAUCCUACCUUAUUUCUGUGACAGUAAUGCUUCAGUCUGGUCCGAUGGCAGGGGCUGCCUUUACAUUUGUUAUUAAGUUUUAUGGGGAUAAUGACCAGAAAUUCUGCCUUUAAAUCUAUUUUCAAGUACUGUGUGCAUGAUCCAGCUGCCUAGCAGAGGCAUCAGGUGCUCUUUGAAAUGCCCUGGAGCACCCAGACUGCCAUACAUUACCCAGAGGAGAUUGGUUCCCUUCUGGAAUAUUCGCUGAAAGCCGUAUGGAGACCCAGGAUGUCUAAGCCAUGUAGAUGGUUGGCCCUAGGUAGCUGUAUCCUGCUUUUUUUUGAUUGUACAAACCGACUCCUUCUGCUUGGCAUGCCUGAUGUAUCAGGGUUAAAGUGUUCACUAAAUAGUGCGCAGCCUUUGCCUGAAGUAUGGAUUAGAUAGAAGGUUCAGCUAAGCUGUCACAGCUGUAGUUCAUGUAGCAUCCUCUUCAUGCUUGACAGAGAUUGUUGCUGUCUCUACCAGUUCAACUGGAGCUAACAGUACUAACCCAGAUGUUCCAAGUAGCUGAUGCAGGCAAUGUUUGUAUAUCACUGAGUGGGGACUGUCAGUUGGGAUCUUGGUAGGCACAGGGUGUAGGAGGGGCUGUGGAAACCUAGGGAGUUUAAGCUAGCUUGUCACUUUUUGGCUUAUAUGCAUUAUUGCAGUUAUGUUACGGUUGGUGGUGUGAAAGAGGGAGCCCUGAGAGUAGUCCAAAAACAUUUGGUAUCUGUUAGCAGUACUUGAAAGUAAGAUGUGUAUAAGAAGGGCAUGUUUUAACAGAAAUCAAGGUUUGGAGGCAGUUUUGUUAGAGUGCAUCCCCUGGCUUGUUGUCGGUCUAUACUGUAAAAUACCGCUGUUAUGUGUGUACAACUCUACAAGAUCUUGUUACUGCUGUUAUUCUUUUUUUUAUUAUUAUUAUUUCUUUUUCCUUCCUAGCCAGCUUUAGUUCCCUGUUAUUGUGAGAUAUCCAGGAAUUUCAUUUUUCCUCUUGUGGUAUUACUUAGGGAUUUGCUUUAACAUUAAUUAUCUCCUGAUUAGCAUCUAGUGAACGGCAUGAGUAGAUUGUCUGUUCCUACAGCCAUCUAGAUGGUGAUGCAUUUCUUUCUUUCAUCACUUAUUGUGACUUAAAACAUAAUUGAUAUUAAACGUCACAUGAAUUUUGUGACUCUUAAGACCCACUAAAGUAAAGAAUGGAGUUGUACAGCAAUAAAUUGACUUUAAUUUACUUCAGCCCUAAAAUGUUUUUUUCUCUCUAAGUAUGAAAAGUUUUGGAUGCUCUUUUGUCUUCGGACAUUUGUAAUUACACUUUAUUGUUCUUCAACCAAAUUGGAAUACAUAGAUUGUUAAGAAGCUUUUAGCAUUAGUAGUAGUGAAUAUCAGGUUUGUAAAUAUUUGUCCUUAAUAUGUCUGAAUACUUUUGAAAACAGACAUAUUUAAAAUGUAGGGACUGAGAGUAAUGCUACAAAGCAGAAAGGUAGCUCUUAUCUGUUAGUUAUUUUUACUUCAAAUUGCAAACUGUUUCUAUGAGUUUUAGUAUAAACUUUUGCCAUGGUUCGAAAUGUUGGUUAUUGUUCCAUUAGGAACAGCUGUGCCUGGAUUUCAUCUAAGAAUAAUUGUGGUAAAUGCUGUGUUUGGAAAGUCUGGCCAGCUCUAGGCCAGGUCUUUCAGGUUGGUUUGUUUUACUAGAUAGAGGCAUUCUAUUGACUUUUUGGAAAUGUUGCAGGAAGGGGCACCAAUGGAUACCAGCUGACUUUAUAUGCAUUACCUUCACAACAUAUGCCAACUGUACACGUUUCUGUUUCCCUUAUUAGAGGAGUGAACUUCUAGUGGUUGUUGUUGUUGUUGUUUUUCUUGGGAGAGAACUCAUACCAGAGUGAGAGCAUGUAUUUGGUACUUGGUUUCUUGAAAAGCUUUCAGCAAUGCUAGAUUCCACAUCUUUUUCUGUGGGUGCGCUUACCUCCAGUGCUCUUUUUGAGAUGCAAAACAAAGACACCGUGUACAAGAAUAGUCUUAGGGAACUGAACCGAGAUCCAGCCUAUUACAUUAACUGUGUUUUUUAACAUGUUCUGUGUGUUAGCAAUCGUUAGCAGUUCAUACAGCUUUCUACUCCCAUUUCCAUAGCUUGGAACUUUAUUGGAAACUGCUGAUUGGAGAGUGCUCUCUCAGGCUGUCGGGUGUGUUUGCAAACGUGGAAUUAGAUAUUCUUCAAGUACUUUGUCUUCAAAAUAAUAUAGUUUAAAUUACUUUCAGUUUUUAUUCUCCAAGCUGUUCUAGAAUGAACAUAUUUGCAUCCUUCAGAUAGAUUUGAUUGGAUGUUAUCAAUUAUAUUGAAUCUCUUGUGACUUUUGUCGGUGGAAAGAGUUUCUUUUGCAGACUCGAUGAAACGAGGAGCAGAGUCCCGGUCAGGUACGUGAGGAGUGCAGCCAUAGUGCUGCUCUCUGGGAGUCAGCCCUGCCCUCCACAGUCUCCUAGCACACAGGCUGGGCCUGGCUGGCUGUCGUGGCCACACACCUUGAUUAACAGCCACACACCCCGCAGAUUAACAGCUCAUCCCAAGCUGGGGUUCCCUGUGCUCAGCUGUAUGAAUGUGCUUUUGGAAGAGAUGGAAAUAUGCGUCAGUGGAAAGCAUGUAGUACUGGAAGCAAAUGCGAUGCUUCAGUUUCAUUCACUUCUGUAAAUGCGAAUUUCAGUUUUCAGGUCUUCACAAGCAUUGUCAAGUAUCUUCCUGAAAAGGAAAUACUCCUGAAGGUCGGUUGGUGCAAUGUUAGUGAAGCAUAAGGAGGUAAAGCUGUAAAGGCCUGAACUGGUGGAGAAAAUGGACUUCUGUGGAAAGUGGCACAAAAUGUUCUUGUUUUUCUUUAUUAAAAACAUGGGCUGGUACCACAUGAGCCUUGGAACUUGGAAUUAAACCAGUCCUUUUCAUCAGUUAACGUUACAUGUCUCUGGUACUGGGCUGUAACUUUGUAGUGACUGUACUUUCAAUUUUAACGUUCUUAAUGUAAGUCAUGAAAAAAGACUAAUUAAGAAUGCCCAUCUCUCAGUGGUUACAAGCAAUUCCGUAUUUCAGACAUUCUUAUGCAUAUGAAGGAAGAAAAAAAAAAGGGAUUUUAAAGUGAUUUUCUCUGCAAUAAGCAGCCGUAUGAAACUACUUCAUAGGCUUGGUCUUUAAUCCAGUGCUAACAAUGUUUUCAGCGCGUGGACAAAAACAGUGUUUGACAAGGCAAAGAAAUCUGACUGUGUUGUCAUGACCGUCGUUCAGUGCAUAGUUUACAAAACAAACGAGCAGUUUCCUGAAAUGGAGUUUCUGCGUGUUUGCACUGUGCAAUGACUUACACAGUUCCCCAUCUUGGGUGCUCCUUGGUCACCUACAGCUUGGGAAGAAUACAGCUAAAGAGUGGGUUCCCGGAGCGCAGCGCUGCUUGGGGUGGUUGUGCUGCUGGUGCGUGGCUGCUGUCUGAUUAGCAGACUUUGCAUAAAGGAGCAAAUGCUCUCUUGCUAUUUUUAAACUUGUACUGUAAAUAACUGCACUUUUUUCCAAGGCGUCUUGUGCAGUAUUUUUGUGUAUCAAUGCUGUGUUGUAGUGCUGCUGGAUAGUAGCGUGGAAGUCCACCCUGUUUCAUUAUGGGUACUAAAAAGGAAAAAAAAUACAGCAACAAAAGCACUUCUGUUAGAAAAGCCUGCUUUUCACGUUUAAUCAGUUUUUUGACAGCAUAAUGAUGCGUCGAUGUUGGUCUGCUGAGAUGUGCAGGUAUCUGCAUGGCGCUUCUUAGUGCCGUUUUAAGAUGAUCUGCAGUGUUGCAGGCAUCCUAGAUAGCAGCCAUCAUUAUUUACGUCUCUGUUACCCCUUUUAGCUCGUUUCUUGAUGUGAUGCUGGGCUUUCCUGUUCAGAAGUCCUGAAGCCUGGCUGUGUUUAAGCUACAGGAGUAAGAGCAGCAGGAAUCAAAAUGUAUCCCUCCUUGAGCUGGGCUGCUCCCAUGGCAACGUGCAGCCUCUGAGCUGCACUGUGGUGCAUGAAUCCAGCUCUGCCUGCUCUCAGGGUGAUUCUCUAAAAAUCAGCGCUUGAGAAGGGAACGAUUGUUCUGAAGAUCACUGCUAUGUCACUGUGCAUCCCGACGUUUAUUGCAUUUUUCUUUUUGUUUCUUCUUUCACCGUAAAGGCUUGGCCAUGCGGCACAAUGAUGUUUGCUAGCAUAAGAAAAAAUUCAGCUGUAGGACCGGCAAUCUGACAUGUGCAGCGUGGGGUGUUCCCGUGUUCACUGUUGCUGCAGAUGCUGUUGGAAAAAAACCCUGCCUUACUGCUUUAAUAAAAGCAGCUUCCCUUUGGGAGGCUGUGUUAUUAAACAUAGCUGACAUAUUGCUGGGAACAAGUUCUGGAUAAGCCAGGAGUAAAAAGUCACUGCUGUGGAGAUAACAAAGGUGUGCAAUGAAAUGGGAUUUUUUUGUGUUUUGAGGUGCCAGUUUUUAGAGAUGCUAAUAUGCUAACUUGGUCUUUUAUCGCUGUAGUGCAGCUAUGGCUCAGCCUCGCCCAUUUUAUUUGAUAUGGUAGCCAUAGGCUGAUACUUCUUUCCACGCUGACGCUUAUAGGUAAAUCCUUCUUCCGCUAAAUGGAUUGAUGAACAGUUACGUUCUCCUGCUGGAAUAUACAUACAUGAUUUUGAAGGCUGAGCAUUUUCAUUGAGGGUAUUCUAUGUAGUGAUUACAGAUCGAUCUCUUUCUUGCUCGAACACGUACAGAGCCGGAGUGACAGGAGAGAGCCACGCACACCCUGCAGCACUGUCGGUCAGUCUGUCUGAUUUUUCAGUGAAGGAUGGCGAUGGUGGCGAAUGCCGUGUGUGGGAAUGAGUUUCUUUGCAUGAGGGAUUUCCACCUUUCCCCCUGGCCGUGGCUCCCAGCAGAUGAUGUCACCUCGCAGCUCAUUGGCUCCGCCUGCACCUAGUGCAGGGAAGGCAGAGAAAGAUGCCGGCACAAAUCUCAGUGGUGGAUCUCGGGUGUUGCGAGCAGGUUCCAACAGCAUCUUCGAUUAGCGUUUAGAAUCGACUGCGGGUGGCCAUGUGAGGUGCUGGGUCCGUCCUAGGGCCAGGGGAUUUAAGAGCUGUCAGAGGAAUGAGGCGGCUGAUCUGCAAGCGGAUCUGUGAUUACAAAAGCUUCGAUGAUGAAGAGUCGGUGGAUGGAAAUAGGCCAUCGUCAGCAGCUUCAGCCUUCAAGAUUCCUGCACCUAAAAAGCCAGGAAAUCCUUCCAACAGUGCAAGGAAGCCGGGUUCUGCUGGUGGGCCAAAGGUUGGAGGUUCCUCUAAAGAAGGAGGAGCUGGAGCUGUGGAUGAAGAUGAUUUUAUUAAGGCAUUUACAGAUGUUCCUACUGUACAGAUCUAUUCUAGUCGAGAACUUGAAGAAACAUUGAACAAAAUCAGGGAAAUCCUCUCAGAUGACAAACAUGAUUGGGAUCAACGAACCAAUGCGCUCAAGAAAGUUCGGUCGUUGCUUGUUGCUGGAGCUGCACAGUAUGAUGGAUUUUUCCAGCAUUUACGGUUGUUGGACGGUGCAUUUAAGCUGUCAGCCAAGGAUCUCAGAUCCCAGGUGGUUAGAGAAGCAUGUAUUACUGUAGCCCAUCUUUCAACUGUUCUGGGAAACAAGUUUGAUCAUGGCGCUGAAGCUAUUGUGCCUACUCUUUUUAAUCUGGUUCCCAACAGCGCCAAAGUGAUGGCAACUUCUGGGUGUGCAGCCAUUAGAUUCAUUAUUCGGCAUACCCAUGUGCCCCGACUCAUACCUUUGAUAACAAGCAACUGUACCUCAAAAUCGGUUGCCGUUAGAAGGCGAUCCUUUGAAUUCUUAGACCUGUUAUUACAAGAGUGGCAAACGCAUUCUUUGGAAAGGCAUGCAGCUGUCUUAGUUGAAACGAUCAAGAAGGGCAUUCAUGAUGCUGAUGCAGAAGCAAGAGUGGAGGCAAGGAAGGCUUAUUUGGGUCUUAGAAAUCACUUUCCUAGUGAAGCAGAGACUUUGUACAAUUCCCUUGAGCCACCUUAUCAAAGAAGCCUCCAGACAUACUUGAAGAAUUCUGGCAGUAUAGCAUCUCUCCCUCAGUCGGACAGGUCAUCUUCUAGCUCACAGGAGAGCCUCAAUCGUCCUCUAUCUUCUAAAUGGUCUGCAGCCAGCCCAGCCAGCUUUGCAGGCAGAGUUUCGGGCAGCAGCAAGAGUGUUCCAAGCCCAGGAACUCUGCAAAGGUCUCGCAGUGACAUUGAUGUUAAUGCUGCUGCAGGGGCAAAGGCCCGCCAUGCUUCUGGACAGACAGCUGGAGGUGGGCGCUUGUCAGCAGCUGGUCUGCCUCCAGGAUCUUAUGCUUCACUAGAGGAUACUUCUGACAAGAUGGAUGGAACAGCUUCUGAAGAUGGUCGUAUACGAACAAAGCUUUCAACACCUUCUCUUGGCAUUGGAAAUUCUAAAACAGAUUCCAGAGGACGGAGUAGAACCAAAGUGGUCUCUCAGUCUCAGCGUUCAUCAUCGCCAGAGAAAAAUGAAGGAUCACAGUCUGCUAACCCCAUUGGUGCUGGCAGUAGAUCUGGAUCUCCUGGAAGAGUUUUGACAACAACUACGCUUUCCACUAUGAACACAGGGGUUCAGAGAGUGUUAGUGAACCCUGCAGCUGCACAAAAACGAAGCAAAAUCCCAAGAAGUCAGGGAUGCAGUAGAGAAGCCAGUCCUUCUAGAUUGUCAGUAGCACGAGGCAGCCGCAUUCCUCGGCCUAGUGUGAGUCAGGGGUGCAGUCGGGAGGCCAGCCGUGAAAGUAGCAGGGACACGAGCCCUGUCCGCUCUUUUCCACCCCUUGCUUCCAGACAUCACUCCAGAUCCACUGGUGCCCUCUACGCUCCUGAUGCUUAUGGGGCUACAGGUACCAGCUUUGGAAUUAGUCAGUCGAGUAGAUUGUCCUCGUCAGUUAGCGCUAUGAGAGUUCUGAACACGGGUUCUGAUGUGGAAGAGGCAGUAGCGGAUGCUUUGCUCUUAGGAGACAUACGGACUAAGAAGAAGCCUGUGCGAAGAAGAUACGAGUCUUACGGGAUGUACUCAGAUGAUGAUGCCAACAGUGAUGCAUCAAGUGCCUGUUCAGAAAGGUCCUACAGCUCUAGGAACGGAAGCAUACCGACAUAUAUGAGACAGACAGAAGAUGUGGCUGAAGUCCUAAAUCGCUGUGCUAGCUCCAACUGGUCAGAGAGAAAAGAAGGCCUUCUGGGCCUGCAAAAUUUAUUAAAGAACCAGAGAACUUUAAGUCGUGUUGAGUUGAAAAGGCUGUGUGAAAUCUUCACAAGAAUGUUUGCUGAUCCUCACAGUAAGAGAGUGUUCAGUAUGUUUUUGGAGACACUGGUGGACUUCAUCCAGGUCCAUAAAGAAGAUCUGCAGGACUGGCUGUUUGUACUGCUGACCCAGCUAUUGAAGAAAAUGGGUGCUGAUUUGCUUGGGUCUGUACAAGCAAAAGUUCAGAAGGCACUUGAUGUCACAAGGGAAUCAUUUCCAAAUGAUCUUCAGUUUAGCAUUUUAAUGAGAUUUACUGUUGACCAGACCCAAACACCUAGUUUGAAGACAGUCAAGCCAGCACUACAGGACCAGCUUCGCUCUUUUUGGAGCUCAAAGGUAAAAGUUGCAAUUCUUAAAUACAUAGAGACUCUUGCACAACAGAUGGAUCCAGGGGAUUUUGUAAAUUCAAGUGAAACUAGGUUAGCAGUGUCUCGAAUCAUCACCUGGACCACAGAACCUAAAAGCUCAGAUGUUAGGAAGGCUGCACAGUCAGUACUCAUUUCCCUUUUUGAACUUAAUACUCCUGAGUUUACAAUGCUGCUGGGUGCUUUACCAAAAACAUUUCAGGAUGGAGCCACAAAGCUUCUUCAUAAUCAUCUCCGAAAUACAGGCAACAGUGGUCAGGGUUCAAUGGGAAGUCCUUUGACAAGACCUACUCCGUGCUCCCCAGCAAGCUGGUCAAGUCCUCUCACUUCCCCAACCAAUACAUCGCAGAACACUUUGUCACCAAGUGCAUUUGACUAUGAUACAGAAAACAUGAAUUCUGAAGAUAUUUACAGUUCUCUUCGCGGAGUCACUGAAGCUAUUCAGAACUUCAGUUUCCGUAGUCAAGAAGAUAUGAAUGAACCUGUGAAACGGGAUUCAAAAAGAGAUGAUGUUGAUUCAAUUGGCAGUGCUUCUGGAAUAGCAGACCUACGAGCAGGAAGUGGUAUAAGUGAUACAGGCCGAACAGCUCUUGAUAACAAAACAUCAUUACUCAACACAAUGCCUCCUCACUCUUCACCACGCUCACGAGAUUAUAACCCAUACAAUUAUUCUGAUAGUUCGUUUAAUAAAUCUGCUUUGAAGGAAGCCAUGUUUGAUGAUGAUGCAGAGCAGUUUCCUGAUGAACCUCCCAUGGAUCAUUCUGAUCUAGUUGCAGAGUUACUAAAAGAGUUAUCAAACCAUAACGAGAGAGUCGAGGAGAGAAAGGCUGCCCUGUAUGAGCUCAUGAAGUUAACUCAAGAAGAGUCUUUUGGUGUUUGGGAUGAGCACUUCAAAACAAUACUGCUUUUGCUGCUUGAAACACUUGGAGACAAAGAGCAUGCAAUUAGAGCUUUGGCAUUUAAAGUUCUAAGAGAAAUCCUAAGAAAUCAGCCAGCAAGGUUUAAGAAUUACGCAGAGCUCACAAUAAUGAAGACAUUAGAAGCGCAUAAGGAUCCUCAUAAGGAGGUGGUGAGAUCUGCUGAAGAAGCUGCUUCCAUGCUAGCCAUUUCCAUUAGCCCAGAUCAGUGCAUCAAAGUCCUUUGUCCAAUUAUCCAGACUGCAGAUUACCCCAUUAAUCUGGCUGCAAUCAAAAUGCAGACAAAAGUCAUAGAGAGAGUAUCUAAAGAAACUCUUACUCAGCUUUUACCGGAGAUUGUGCCAGGUUUAAUACAGGGUUAUGAUAAUUCAGAGAGCAGUGUUCGUAAGGCAUGUGUUUUCUGCCUUGUAGCCAUUCAUGCAGUAAUUGGUGAUGAACUAAAACCACAUCUCAGUCAACUCACUGGCAGUAAAAUGAAGUUAUUGAACCUUUACAUCAAGCGUGCACAAACAGGCUCUGGACCAGGGGAUACAACAGCAGAUCUGUCUGGACAAAGCUAAUGAAGAUGACGAGGAUUAACCAGCUCUCCUAAAGCAAGGGCAGAGCCCUCAUCAAGUGAAAGGAAAAUUCUUACACACAACUUUUGGAACCCUUGUUUCUUUUUCUUUUUUUUUCUUUUUUUUUUCCUUAACCAAUGGCUGUCUUCAGCCUGCAUGUGACUGUUGCAAUAGAGUUAUUCCAAAUCUAAGGAAAAGCAGUAUUAACAUCAGUUGAUCAAAGCAAAAUAAAAUCUAAAAGUAAUCUAAUUCAUCAGUUAUCCAGUUGCAAUCCUCUGUGUCUUCCCAUUAACUUUUGCCAGUGUUAUUGUAUUAAAAAAGGUUUUUUUUAUGCUAAUUAAACAGGUAUGCUUUAAGCUUCAGAAGUUAAAGUAUAAAUUCUGUUGCUUUUUUUCAGCUGCAGAUAACACUGUUUUUAUUGCUAUUUUGUUUGAGUAUUGUGUCCUUCGCUAGAAACAAGAAGUGAUGUGAAACUAGGCAGAACUAGUCUGAACUGCAGUGAGACUCAGUCACUGUUGGUGGUUCAUCAUCUUAUUUACAGCUUGUUUGGGAUAUUCCGGAGAUUGAGAAAUAUGCCUAUAAAAAAGCUGGAUCGAUCCAGUUCUGUAAAAGUGAUAUUGUUCAUUGGUUGUAUGUUUGUUGCAUAAAUAAGAAUUUAGUGUGCACAGCAGAGGACUGGUACGACCAGUACCUCUUAGUGUGGGAGACAGCCCUUUCAGGGUAGCACUGCCGACCUGGUGAUAGAGUGGCAGUCUGCUUUUAGCAGCAGACUUAAUGGUCACUUGAUGGACGUGAACCAUCCUUGUCACCUUUCGUUCUUCAAGCAGGAUGCUUCAGAAUGGAGUGCUCUGCCCAAGCAUGCUCAGUAUGUAUUUAUCACUAGAAUGUUUCCUCUCAACCUAAUUGCUGGAACCAGUAGUCUUGUAUUGUAACUCACAUGGGAUUUUAUGACAACAGUGCAGAAAACUAUUUAUUCGUUAUCUUCUUAAAAGCACCAAGAUUUUCUGCAUUGAAUUUUAACAGGGGGGGGGAGGGAAUAGUCACAAAUGCUAUCGAUCUUGCCACCUUCUAAUUUAAAAAAUUAUAUAUUUUGGAUGAGUUGGGAAAGCUGCACCGAACUGCUUGCAUGGUUUUCUUGAAUAGCAUCCUCAAGACCCGUCUGGAUUAAGGUGUGGAAAUGUUUCCAGGGUUUGUUUUUCCAUUUCUGAAAAAGAGUUAGUUUAUUGUGAAUAAUGGUUCUUUGUAUUUAUGAACUUGAUAACGGAAAGAGAAAAAAGAUCAAGUAAAUGUGUCCCUGAAUGUUCUCAUCUUUUUCCUUUUUUUCUUUAUUUUUCUUUCUUUCUUUCCUUUUUUUUUUUUUGUCUUUGAUAUAAGCAGCAAGUUAGUUAACUGAGAACUGGGAGAAGCAGCACCCUUCCCAGAAAUGAUGGAAACUCUUUUUCCCUAGCUUUUCUUUCCCUUUGAUUGUGGUAUUGUCUAGUUGUAGGAAGUAUAUCCUGAUAAGAGAGAAAAUUGUAGUGCCAACAAUGAUGAUCAGUGCUAGGCUAAAAUUCUCUCUACCUCUUCAGGGUGACUAAUUUUUGGCUGAGCUGCUGCAUAUAGCACCCGGUGGAAGAACUAUCUACAGAAAAAGUCUUUGUUUUUCCCAAAUUAUCACUUAAUGCAUAUUGAGAGCUAUUCUUCAACACACAGCCAAAUAUUGCAAGAACUGCUGACGCACUUUGCUUGCUAAGUACCCUGAAAAACAAAACUGAAUGAAAAACCUGUCAGAUGCUUGUAGUUCCAUGAAAGGUUGUUCUCACUUUAGUUUGAGUGAAUCCGAUAGAAAAGCUGAGAUGUUGUCGUUAAAGAAGCAAUGCCAUUACAGAGAUUUACUUGGAGGAAAGGUUGUAGAAAUAUAUGUAAAGACUUGAAAUCGAGGCUGUCAUAACUUGUCACGAACUCUUCUUAACAGCUCCAUCAGGAAAAUAGUAUCUCCUCUUUCUUUCCUUUGUUACGUGUAACAUUCUUGUUGUUUUCUACCGUUUAAUUACAUUGUGUAUUUAUAGCUCUAUGCUUACCAUUGUGCAUAUACUGGCAAUAAAAUGUACAUAACAUUACUUAAAAAAAAAAAAAUUAGCAAUGUAUACAUUCUGUUUUUCUGUGUUAUUUGGUCACGUGUUAUAAGAAAGAUAUAAAAUCGUUGCAGCAACGUUGGUUAAAAAAGUCAUCUUCACGUUUUUCUGUCUCGAUGUUUCUUUAGAUGCUCUGCUAGUAAAUCCGACAGCAUUUGAGGACAUGGGGUGAAUAUGGGUGUGCUGGACAGGAGUAGUUUGGGGAAAUUGAAUAGAAUCUUAAUGAAUACCAAAUUUCCUUCAUCUCAGCAGGCUUCUUGUUUGCUGCUUCAUCUGUUUGUACAUUAUGCAUUGCUAGCAUUCUAUUUUUUUAACGCUUCAGAAAUACUUUUCCGUUUAAUAUCUCGUAGUUUUACGUUUCGAUUGUGUGAAAUAUCCUUCAAAAAAUGGCACAAAUUCUAAGUUGAAUAGUCCCAUAUGCUAUUCCUGCUUUUUCUACAGGUAGUAUUUAUUUUCAAAUGAUCAUUUCAAGAUGACUUUGCUCAGUCAUCUUUUUGAAGAUGUUAUUUCAUACUGAAAAAUAAGUUUAUUGAAACAUACCAUAUAUAUAUUCUGGAUGGACGUAAUUUUUUAUCUGUAAACAAAAGUUGGUAAGAAAGAGAUGUUUUUAUCCCCUAUGACUGAAAAGUUUUACUCCAGGGGGAGGAGAGGAGAUAUUUACACAAAGUUUGUCCCUCAGUUGCGCAUCAGAGACACCUGUAAUUGUUCUGCGUGUGACAUCCCAUGUACUGAAAAUCUAAAUGCUAUAUAUGUAAAUGAAUAUUUUAAUUAUGAUCUGACUAGUUCUGUUCCCAACAAAGACGGGGCUGCUGUACGUGCUUAGAAUUUGUAUUAAAUGAAGCCAUCAGAAUGUGAGAAAUUGCAAGAAAAUGCUCUCCGCUGCAGCCAGUUGCCAGAUCAGCUGCAUUGCUUUUUGCCUUCAUUUCCUAUAUUACAGAUGGAUGAUGGCUCAAUUAAAAUUGAGCUAUGAUUAGUCAUGCCUUAUGUUUGUACUGGAGGUGGUUUAUCUUAAUAACAAAAGACCCCACAACCAUAAAGUCCUGUGAAAAAUCAGGACAAUUACUGUUGUUCUUUUUCAGAAGGGAUUUCUUAACAUCCUGUAAAGGUGGGACAUUGCAGUGGUUUGAAUACUGAAACGUGAUUCUUAAAGGUUGAUUUUGGGCUUAAAAAGGAGGAAAGAAAACUACAUGCAGAAUCAGGAUAGAAAAUGCAUGUCUUGGAUGUCUUGGACUUGGAUGUCUUUUGCUUUAAAUGAUUUUGGGUAACAUAUUAUGUUCAGCUAAAACUGGGAUAGUAAAUGUAAAUUGAAAGGAGAGUUGAUCAUGUAAAUUAUCCUGAGUUUGGUUGCCUGUUUGUUUUUAAAGAUAAAGACUGGAACAGAA